AUGUCUGAUGCGGAAAAUGAUAUUUGGGAUAUUGUUUUAAAAAAAACACAAUCAGGUACAAUUUAUGACGAAUUAAAUAAAGAAAUUGAUGAAAUUAAUUACAAAGAAGUGUGUAAAUUGCUAAAUAUUGAUAAGGAGAAUGAAGAUGGAUAUUUUAAACUUUGUAAAAAAAUUGCAAGGAACGCGGAGUAUUUAUCUAAAUUGAGUAAUACGGAUGCAUAUAAAUAUCGAUGUUCUCAUUAUAGAUAUUGGUUUUAUAAUGAGUUAUAUAAGCUCUUAAAAAAUAAUGAGGAAAUUUCUAAUAUUAAAAAUGUUAUUAAAAAUUUUAUGAAUAUACAAAAAUAUAUUGUUGUGUUAUUUGAGUUUUAUGAUUGCCAUUAUAAUUUUUACACAACGGAUAUAACAGAAUUAAAAGAAAAAUUAGAAGAGAAACAUUUGUACGAUUAUUUUCAAAAUUUUUUUACUAUUAAGAGUGUUGAAACAUGUAAAUUAGUUGAAUUAUUUCAAUAUACUAAAUAUCUGAAUGAAAUAAAAGUUUUAUAUACAAAGCAUAAACAUGAAAAAAAUUGCUGCUUCAGCUUGUGGUGGAACAAUUGUCCCAAUUAUUUUUAUUGCAAUGAUGAUUAUAACCCUGAAAAAAUAUUAUCUUCUUUAAAAUUAUCUAAUUCUGAGAACUGUGAGAACAUGAAUAAGCCUAAUGAUCCCGAGAACCACCGUGAUCCACAAAAUCCACAAUCCUCUGAAGAUAUUAUGGAUACGUUUCAUUAUGCUAAGUGUACAGAUACUUCUGAUGAUAGACUAAUAUGUAAUUUAUAUCCAGUAAAAUAUAAAUCUCCACAUAGCGCUUCUUAUAGAAUUCUUCCCCUAGAUAAUAAUAAAGGAAAAGACAUUAAAACAAUUGUAAGUCUUUUUCUACCUCAUGAAGAAUCUCCAAAAAAUACAACUCAUACUGAACCUAACGAUGCAGACCAAAAUCCCGAAUCUUCAUCUCAGAAAAAAUAUUUUAUUACUGUAUCAGGGGGAAGUACAAUAAGGAGAGAUGCAAAAGAUAAAAAAGUAUAUCCUUUUAACUAUAAACGCACAGAAGAACAAAAAGAAAAAUUACAAUUCCCUAGUGAAAAAAAAGAAUCAUUAAUAAAAUGGAAAUUUGGAAACGGAACAGUGGACUGUAGUAAUAAUAAUACAACUAAUGAUAGAUACAAACUAUGUCAAUACAUAAAAAAUAUUCGGGUAAAUCAGAGAUAUUUAAAGGAUAAAUAUGCUAUUGGAUCUAAAGUUAAAUAUUUUAAGUCCACAUUCCCUUACUCCAUGCAAAAUGUAAAUGUUGCUAAAAAUAUUGAUGGAAGUAUCACUUAUGAAAGUGACGGUUCUAAUGUCACAAAAUAUUUUGAUAGCGAUGAGAACUACAUUGAAAUAUCAGAAGAUAAAAAUAACAUAUUAUACACUAUGUUUUUCCGUGUAAGCGUAGUUUCUUUGUUAACACUUGGAUUUAUUGUCCUAUUUAUUGUUUAUUAUAAAUAUACUUCAUUGGGAUCUUGGUUACGUAAAAGGAUAAUGAAGAAAAAAAGAAUUAACGAAUCUGUUCAUAGAUAUCACAGAAAAACUCCACCAUCAGGUUCUAGAAAGUUUCAUACAAAAACAAGGUAUAAACCAUGUUGCAUUGUUUACGAAACGACAUGA